CUGUUACCAAAUCUGACCGUCACGAAACAACCGUAGAUCAAUUCAAAUUCACGUGUAGUCUGCGCACUCUGCAGUAUCAGCAGUGCAGGUGUAUACAUCACGUAGUUGACAUGUAUAACACAUGAUACCUAUCUACCUCUCAACUUUAAAUGACGUUUCCUUACGUCAUUUAAGGUUUAAAUAUAUACAUUUGUCACUCGUCCUUGACUGCAGUUAAUUAAAUUAUUGGAUUAAACUAUGCCUGUGCUGUGACACUGUUUGCUUUAUACAUUAAAAAGUAAAAGCAACCAUACUUUCUUUAGAGGUUAGAAUUAUUCCGUUUAAUUUUUGGCAAACGAUAUAAUUAUAGUGUAAAAAUCAUGGAAAAAAGUAGCAUCAAAAUUUUUUCAUACAAUGAAGAAGAUUUUCACUAUAAAGUAAAAGAUGAAAAUGUAGAUUCAAAGUUUGAUAUUGCAUUAAAAGAAAAAUGGAAAAGAGCAGAAGAGGAUAAUAUCUUGCGAUAUUCUGUAAAAGCUCAACAAUUCAAAAUUCUGGAAGGAAAAUAUGGUUUUUAUGCUCAAUUAAAUACUGAGAGAGCAACAAUGAGAAGGAAACCAGAAGAAAUACAAUCAAUGCAGCAACCUUUUGAUCCAAAUCGUUUUAAUUUCACAAGAAUAUCACAUAAAGAAAUAUUACUUGAUAUUGGGAAUAGUGAUGGUGAUGAUAUUGUAGCUGUUAAUGUCAGUCCUAUACUUUGGAGUCAUUGUUUGUUAAUACCUCAACAUUUUAGUUGUUUACCUCAGCAAGCAACGUUAUAUAGCUUUCAGAAAGCUAUAGAUAUACUUUUACUGAGUAAUUCUGAGAACAUGAGGGUAUUAUUCAAUAGCCUAUGUGCAAACGCAUCUGUAAAUCAUUUACACUGGCAUUUAUAUUACUUGAACCAUAGAAUGAUACUCGAAUAUAUACCAUUGCAGUAUUUUAUUGGCUCAAUUUUUAUUCUCGAAGACUACCCUGCUAAAGGAUUCUGUAUCAAGUUCUCAUCUUUUCAAAAUAUCACAGAGUAUACUUUGUAUGCUUACAAAAUUAUCUCCUGCCUUCAAAAUAAUCAGCUUGCCCAUAAUAUUUAUAUCACUCGAGCAAAAGCUGAUGCCAAUAGUAAAGAGUGUGAUGAUAUUCGUACAUAUAUCUGGGCAAGAACAUCUAGUUAUGGUGCAAAAAAUACCAAAGAUUUUGUCAUUGCAGCAUGUGAAAUUUUUGGACACUUGCCAAUUAGAAGUGAGGAAGCAUAUAUGAGGAUAAAUGAGGAAUAUGUAAGUGAAUGCUUAGAAGAUACUACCUUGAGCGCCUUUCUUGUUGCCAAAGAAAAAAUUAAAAAAACUUUAGAAGCUGACGUAGAAAAGAGUGUCGACGCUUCUUCUAAAACGUGACGAAAUGAUAAUUUUUUUUUUAAAAUAGCUUGUUUAAUUGCGAACAAGAAUUAUUUAUUUUUAAUUAGUACAGAUCAAUAAAGAAACUAUUUUUUGUUAAA